AGCUCGUUGGAUAAAUGGGAGUGGCGGUGGCACAUUUAACACCGGCAGCCAGUGAGCAGAAGAUUUGUAAUCUCUGUCACAGAGCUGUUGUGCCAUUGGCUUCUACCGGAAAGCUGCCGCCAGAGAGUCAGUGAGGCGACAAGCUGGGGACGGUCCCGGGCUGAGUCUCCACAAUGAGCCGGGCUCAGAGCCGCCUGCUCCGCACUUGACGCAACCCGUCUGAACUUACCGUGGCUCCACUGCAGCCUCACUUGAUGACAUUUUUUUUUUUCUUUUUUUUUUGCACAUUUUAGUCGCCGAGACGCCCCUUGAAGGACGAAUGACACCGACUCACCCCAUGAUUUCAUCCUGCUAAAAGCUCUUGGCGAGGCACAACAGUUUCUUCAUGGCGUCUCCACAACAGUCAAGAAUUCAGUCGUAUCUGGAGAAGAAUAAAAUCGGACCCUUGUUUGAGGAGUUGAUGACCAAAUUGAUAACUGAGACUCCAGACCAUCCAAUCCCUUUUCUCAUUGAUCACCUGCAGACCAAGCAAGACAGCCCUGGCAAGUUGCACAGAGCUCUCUCUGGCUCCGCAGCACUGUGGGCACAGAGCUCCCCAGAAAGCAAAAACACUCGAAGGGAGUACAGCAGCUAUGAGAAGCCAUGGCAAAUUCACCCAAAGAAACCGAAGAAAUCCAAGAGCGACCUGGCUGUUUCGAGCAUCUCUCCUCCUUCACCAGAAUCCAAGUCUUUGCCGCGGUCAGUCGAGUACCCAUCCUGGGACUGGAGGGAGAGUCGGGACUUCGACGAGCUCAACCACAUUUUGCAGGAGAGCAAGAAGUUGGGCAAAGCCCUGGAGAGCCUGUCACGUAGCAUUGCCGUCUCUGAUGAGCUCGACCAGAACUUGGGAGGGUAUAACUCAGUGUUGCGCCCUCGGGUGGUGGGGGAGUGGGUUGGUCGUGAGGAAGAAGACGCAGAUCCACUAGCUGCUGAAAUGCUGCAUCCCCCUGUCCCCCGGGCCAAAACUGAAGUUUGCUGGAGUGGAGACAGCAGCCCUGCUGGGAGCCUGAAGAUGGAAACAAAGAGCAAAGGGCUAAGGGAACAGCAGCAGCAUCAUAAGAAGCUCCUGGCAGCCAUGUUGUCCCAGGACUCCUUUGAUUCAGUCCACAGCCCGGCCCCCUCUGUUGCAGAGGAAGAGAUUGAGGACGAGGACGAUGCCAUGGAGCUUCUGGAGGACCUGGAUGACCUGCGGAUGGAGGGCGUGACAGGCUUGGCUCCAUCCGGCAGUAAAUUCAGCCAGGGACGCAGCUCCUAUCAGCCUGAACCGCAGGCCAAAGUUACACUCAACAUCUGCUCUAGGUGUGCCAGGUUGCAGGGGGACAGUCUAUCAGACAGUCGAUCUGAAGAGGAGCACAGGCCUCACAUAUCUGAACAAGCUGUACCUGACAUCUCCUCUCCACUGCCCGGGGUGGACACAGUGGCGGGACGGAUGCAGGAAUGCGAGGCCUCGUCUCAAGUGUCGGGCUCUCGUCAGGCUGUCUGGGAGGCUGAUCUGAAGGCUGUGAGAGGUGGGAGCUCUGCCGGGCAGACGGGCCUGCUACUGGGUGACUCCCUCUUUUCUAAAGAGCUGGAGAACAUGGGCAAACAGCUCGCUGAGGUUGAGAAGGAUCUGGCCAAGCUGGCAGAAGCAGGGAAGAUGACCACUCGGAGCUCUAACAAUCUGCACAGUAGUCUGCUCCACACCCCUCUUCACCACAGAACGCUGCCCGACACGCUUCCUCUCCCCAGUCUGGUCUCCAGGCCCCAGUCUCCAGCCGGCAGCCUCUCAGGCAAGCCCUGUGGCGUGGGUCUCCCUUUGCUGAGCCCCAAGCCCACCUCCCUGGUCAUGGGUCGGACUCAAUCUCCCAGCAACCCAGGGAGCAGGACUCAAACCCCCCGAACACCCAGCAGGCCCCUGACGCCAAAUAGUUUACUGACACGCUCCACCUUUAACCCUGGAUCUCAUAAAGAGGUGACCUUCAGGAGGUCGCGGAGCCGUCCCGUCACGCCCACGAGUCAGCCCAUGCAUCCCCGACCGCUGCUCACCCCUCCUGGGCUAAGCACUACAGACAGCCUUGGUGCCAGCCUACGGGCCUAUCUGUCUGAGGAUGAGUUCUACCAGCAGUUACAGGCCAUCAGACAGCCCUGGCAUAUUCCCAGUGACACAGACAGUGACAUCCUGGAGCCUCCUGAGCAGGAUAAGAGUGGUGCACGAGAUGCCAAUAAGAGAUCCGUGUUUUCAGGCCUUUAGUGAUGAAGACCAGAGACAUUGAUCCAAUCAAACUAUUAUGCAAACCACUGGACAUUUUGAAUAUGUGUACAGAGACAAUUAUUUUUAUAAUUCAUAUGAAUGAGAGAAAAAAAAGAUUGUAUACUUUUUUCCACAGAUAUUUCAUAGACAUUGUACUGUAAAUGUAUGAUACAAUGUGAAAAUAUUACUUCAGAGUAUGGAAUACAACAUUUAUUUUUGUUUGCUCUAUAGCAUGCUAUUGAACCUCCAAUGUGGAGUCUAGAAACAGAUGCAUUUUGUUGUUGACACACUUUUUUAGGCCUAGUGCACAUUCACAUUGUGAGGGCAGCACACCCAUGUUAAGAAAAACCUUUAUUGAUAUGCACUGUUAAAAGAUGUAGUGUUUUUCAAAUAACAAAUACCCAAGUCGUGGAGGGAAUACAAGGAAUGCUGUUAUCUUAAUUAAAAUGAUUUGGUGCACAUGUC